AUGGAAUUACCUGAUGAAAUAGAGCUAACAUUAUCAAGCGAUACUCUAAAAGCUCUUCAAGAGUUCAGACAGGAAGAGAAAGAACGGGAAGCCAACUUCGAAAAACUGUACCAGGAUGCAGAAGUUCAAUUUGGAGAGCAGAAGGUGAUGGAUUUGUUCAAGGAAGAUUGGCAACUGUCUCAGUUUUGGUACAAUGAGAAAACUGCAAGCAUAUUAGCUGAUGCUUUACUAGAUGGCGCCGACAGCGAAACGGUGAUUUGCAUUUUGAGUGCACCAUCCGUUUAUGCCGAAAUAAAAAGACGCGCCGCUUCGAGCCUACCUACAAAGCAUAUACAUCUCUUUGAAUUUGAUAAAAGAUUCGAAGUGCUCGCAGGGUCCAACCACUUUCACUUUUACGAUUAUAACAAGCCACUGGCCAUACCUCCUGAAUUGAAAGGAAAGGUUCACAGAUUUUUAAUCGAUCCGCCAUUUUUGAACGAGGAAUGUCAGACAAAAUUUUCUUCUACCACUAAGGCUUUGCAAAAUCCUGAUUUCAACUUGACAACUAAACAUGGUCAACGUCAACAUGCAGUAGUCUCGAGUACCGGCGAGCGUAUGGCAGAUGUUGUUUCGAAAUUAUAUCCCGGUAUCAAGACUACCAACUUCCGCCCCGAACAUGCCAAUGGUCUCAGUAAUGAAUUUCGAUGCUACGCUGACUUCAAGUGGAAAGGGUGGGACUAUGAAUGA